AUGGACGAGGAAGAGUUCUACCUGUUCAAGAACCAGUCGUCGGUGGGGCCCUGGGAUGGGCCCCAGUACCACAUCGCGCCCAUGUGGGCCUUCUACCUGCAGACCAUCUUCAUGGGCUUGGUGUUCGUGGCGGGCACGCCCCUGAACGCCAUCGUCCUCAUCGUCACCAUCAAGUACAAGAAGCUGCGGCAGCCGCUCAACUACAUCCUGGUGAACAUCUCCGUCAGCGGCCUCAUGUGCUGCGUCUUCUGCAUCUUCACCGUCUUCGUGGCCAGCUCCCAGGGAUACUUUGUCUUCGGGAAGCACAUGUGUGCCUUUGAGGGCUUUGCAGGGGCCACCGGAGGGCUGGUGACAGGGUGGUCCUUGGCCUUCCUGGCCUUCGAGCGCUACAUCGUCAUCUGCAAACCCUUCGGCAACUUCCGCUUCAACUCCCGCCACGCGCUGCUGGUCGUGGCGGCCACCUGGAUCAUCGGCGUCGGUGUCGCCAUCCCCCCCUUCUUCGGCUGGAGCAGGUACAUCCCCGAGGGACUGCAGUGCUCCUGCGGCCCUGACUGGUACACGGUGGGCACCAAGUACAAGAGCGAGUACUACACCUGGUUCCUCUUCAUCUUCUGCUUCAUCGUCCCCCUCUCCCUCAUCAUCUUCUCCUACUCCCAGCUGCUCAGCGCCCUGCGGGCCGUGGCGGCGCAGCAGCAGGAGUCGGCCACGACACAGAAGGCCGAGCGGGAGGUGUCGCGCAUGGUCGUGGUCAUGGUGGGGUCCUUCUGCAUGUGCUACGUCCCCUACGCGGCGCUGGCCAUGUACAUGGUGAACAACCGCGAGCACGGCAUCGACCUGCGCCUCGUCACCAUCCCUGCCUUCUUCUCCAAGAGCUCCUGCGUCUACAACCCCAUCAUCUACUGCUUCAUGAACAAACAGUUCCGCGCCUGCAUCAUGGAGACGGUGUGCGGGCGGCCCAUGUCAGACGACUCCGACGUGUCCAGCUCGGCCCAGCGCACCGAGGUUUCCUCUGUGUCCUCCAGCCAGGUCGGCCCCAGCUGAGGGGCUCUGGCACUGCCCCAGCCCCCAGGACCCCCGGCUGCCCCCCAGUUAUCCCCCAGCUGCCCCCACCGUGGGGCCGGCACUGCGCUGGGGGCCGGGGGCCCUGGCCAGCCUAGGAUG